AUGAUAACUUGGUGGAACUAUCAAUGGUUAUUGUUUUACUUUAUUUUUGGACAAUUAAAUGUAUAUUAUGUAACAUCAGCUUGGCCAUCGUUAAACGUUUCGAAAAUUCAACUAUUAGGUCUUUUUGAUAAUAUAUCAAAUACAUCUGAAUCUAACAAAUUAUGUGUUCAUAGUCGUGCUAUGUUUAAAGCAGCUAUAUUACUAUCUCAAAAAUAUAAUAUAAGAAUAGAAGAACAAUUAAUAGGAUGGCAAUCAGCAGAAACUGAUGGUGAUAUAAUCGAUCCUCUUAGUAAAACAUGUCAAAUAUUGUCUUAUUCAAAUAUUGUUGGUAUUGUUGGUCCAGGAUUAUCAAGAGAAGCUCAUUUAUUAGCUGCUUUUGGUAAAAGAAUAGGUAUACCUGUUAUAUCAUAUAGUGUAACUGAUCCUGAUUUAUCUGAUCGAAAUGCUUAUCCAAGUUUUUUUCGUACAGUUCCAUCAGAUAAUUCAACUGCAUUAGCAAUUGUAAAAUUAUUUAUUCGAUUUAAUUGGACAUCAUGUAUAAUUAUUUAUCAAAAUGAUGCAUUUGGAUCUGGAGCAGCUAAAGUAAUACAUGAAUUAUUUAUCAAUCAUGAUUUAUUAGUUGAAGAGUUUAUAAUAUUUGAUGUUGCAACUCUUCAUAUUCGAGGUGAUUUAAAAACUUUUUUAAUGAAUAGUGUAGCUCGAAUUGUUAUUUUAUGGGUUCAAUCAGAUUAUAUACCUUCUAUUCUAAAUGAUGCUCUUAAGUAUAAUGUAUUAGGUCCACAUUUUACAUGGAUAUUAAGUUCAAGUAUUUCAUUGGAUAAUUUUGAUAAAAUAUUUCAAAAUAACUUAAUUGGUUUACUUACAAUUGAACCUGUUACAGCAUCUAUUGUUAAUGCACCAAUCAAUACAACAUUAUUAGAUGAAGCAUAUCAGAUUUGGCAACAAUAUGAACCAGAAUCAUUUCCUGGAUCAACAAAAGUAGAUUUUUAUGCAUUAUUUGCAUUCGAUGCAACAUGGUCUUUAAUUCAAUCAUUAGAAAAAUUUUGUUCAACAUUGAAAAAUAAUUCUUCUUCAUGUUUAUCAUUUACUGAAUCUUCAUUUUGUUUUCAUCGUCGUUUUGUUCAUUCUGAUUUAUUAUUAAAUACGUUGAGUAGAACAGAUUUUCUUGGUGUAUCUGGUCCUAUUAAAUUUACUGUUGAUGGAACCGAUCGAAUCAAUGGUUCGUAUUAUUAUGUACAAAAUGUUCAGCGUUGUUCAAAUGAAUUAAAUUUUGUACCAGUAUUAGAAUAUUCUGAUUCUAAUAAUUGGAAAAUGUUCCAAGAUACAAAUGUCAUUAUUUGGCCAGGUAAUUCAUUAGUAUGUCCAAGCGGUCGAGCAACGUUGAAAGGUAGAUCUUUGAGAAUAGGUGUUAUUGAAUCUAUUCCUUUUACCAUGGUUAUAAAUAUUGUUGAUAAAUUUGGACAGAAUAAAAAGGAAUUAAUCGGUUAUAUACCUGAGCUUAUUGAACUAUUACAAGAUAGAAUUGGAUUUAUUUCAAAUAUUACAUUAGCAUCAUCAAAUCAAACAUAUUCUGGAUUAAUUCAAUCAGUAGCAAAUGGUGAUUAUGAUAUUGUAGUUGGUGAUGUAACAGAAACUUCUAUACGAAGAGAAUUAGUUAGUUUUUCUAAUGCAAUUUUUGAUAAUUCUUUACAUAUUGUAAUGCGAAAAACACCUGAUAUUAAUAUUGAUCUUCUAUCAUUCUUAAAAUCAUUUUCAUUUAAUCUUUGGUUAUUAGUAUUGUGUGCUAUUAUUUAUGCUGGUUUAUUGAUUUGUCUUCUAGAAAGAAAUGAUAAUGAAAUAUUAAAAAAUCGAUCCAAAUUAUCUCAAUUGAUAAUGAGUAUAUGGUAUUCAUUUGGUAAUUUAGUUGGAUAUGGUGUGGAUUUUCAUGUCAACACAGCUGCUGGACGUUUAGUAACUGCUAGUUUAUAUAUAUUAAGUUUGAUAUUAGUAGCUACAUUUACUGCAAAUUUAGCAUCAAAUUUAACAAUAUUGAAAUCAAAAAAUUUUAUUUCUGGCAUUGAUGAUAUCAAAAAAGGAAAAAUUCCAUUUAAUCGUAUUGGUCUUCGUGCUGGUACAGCAAGUGAAGAUUAUUAUUUAAGAGAAAUAUCUGGUGAUACUCGAAGUUAUUAUGCAUUUGAAACUGUACAAGAAUUAUUUAAUAAUUUACUUAAUGGUAUUGUUGAUGCAAUUAUUAUUGAUACUAGCAUUGCUGAAUAUAUUACUAAUAAUAUUUAUUGUAAUUUAACUAUAGUUGGAGAAGAAUUUGAUAAAGGUGUUUAUGGAAUUGUUAGUAAAAAGUAUUGGUUUUAUAAUGAAGAUUUAGAUGUUAAUAUUUUAUCAUUAAGAGAAUCUGGUGAACUUGAAGAUUUAAGAGGAAAAUGGUUCCAAAGACAAGGUUGUCCUAAUUUAUAUGAAACAUCGACAGAGAUGGGUAUCAAUUCAAUGAGUGGAUUAUUUUUAAUAUUUGCAAUCAUUACUAUUCUAUCAUUAUUAUUAUUUAUAUGGACGAAACGAUAUAUUGUGAAAAAAUAUUUAUCUAAAUUUUUACACCGAAGGAAGUUUAAUAUUCCAAAAUAA